UUCUACUUUCGCUAGCUGCAGGGAAUUUAAAUUCCGUCGCUGCAAUUUCGUUUCAGAUGAUUUUCGGCAGAAUCUGAGGUUAUCAUAGAAAUUUGUCACCACCUUCUCAUGACAACUGUUCAUGGCAAAAAAUCUCGCCCGAUGUUUCUUUUCGCUUCUCUUCGCCGUGAUUGCCUUGGGUUUAACCAUCCACCUCUCCAUAAAUCGCCCCAUCAUCGGUGGGACCGAUGACGAUGCUCCCGUAUUCCCGAACUUCACGAAGAAUGCGACAUGGCCGGCUGGGACCAUCCUGUGCAGCCCACGAAGCAUUUUACGGGGUCAUCAUCAAAGGAUAAUCUCCUACAGCCUCUAUGGACCCAUGGGAACGCCUCGGGCAGAAGCUCCUUAUGAGAGGCUCAUUUUCGAAAUCCCAGACAGUGCCAAGAUAUGGUAUCCAGGUUGGGUGGUGAGAAUAUACACAAAUUAUUCCAAAGAGGACGAAAACGCUACGUCGUGGAUGCAAGAAAUCGAGGAUCGAUUCCCUACAGUGGAUUUCUGCCACGUGGCGAGCCUCCCUGGGCUCUCCGGAGACAUCCAGAGGAAUCAGAGCAACGGGAGGGUGUGGAGGUACCUGCCUUUGAUGGAUCCCCUCGUUGACGUCUUUGUGUCUAGAGACUCAGAUUCCCCGCUCUCCGAGCGCGAGGCAGCAGCCGUGAAGGAGUGGCUGGAGAGCAAAUAUAUCUUCCAUGCCAUGAGGGAUCAUCCCCAUCAUUGGGAACCUGCUUUUGCCGGUCUUUGGGGCGCAAAGGUGUCACAGAACAGAAGUCACGUUCAACAUUUGGGGAGGAAGCUGAUAUUUGAGAGUGGACGCAGCAACAACGACGGUUGGGAUCAACAACUCCUCAAGAAUGUCUUGUGGCCGGAAGCCCACCAAGAUUUCUUGGUGCACGCAAGCUUCCACUGCGACAAGUUCGGCGACGGAGAGACGAGGGCUUUCCCGACUCGCCGACCAGGUGGCUUCUGGCUCGGCUCGGGCACCCGACAUCCUCCCAUCUUCGACGAGUGCCCGCUCAAGUGCAGACCGAAGGAACAUCCCGACUGGACGACAUGCUGAGAUGAAACUCGAGCGAUCAACUG